AUUCAUCGGGGGUUCUGCCCCCUGCCAUAAGCCACUUGCACCAAUCUAUCGUUUCCCAUUCUUCGAUAGACUUCUGGGGGUUCAGCAGAUUAUCCAAAACUUCGUUCAAGUGUUGCGGAUUUCUCUCGUUGGAGCAAUCGGCAUGAAUCUAUUGAGGAUGUUACUGGUGAAAGUUUCAUUUUGCGCAGUUUUAUGUCAGUACACGAGUAUUACCAGAGCCUAAAUUUAUAGUAAAAAUAUAUAAACAAUAAAUAUGAUGGAACUGGAACGACAAAACAAAUUUGAAAUCAUUUGCAAGAAUUUAUUAUGUGGGGGUGUAGCUGGAAUGCUUUCAAAGACUACAGUAGCUCCUUUGGAUAGAGUUAAAAUUCUUUUACAAGCACACAAUAGGCAUCACGAAAGUCACGGGGUGGUUGGAGGUUUAAGACACGUCAUCAAUAAAGAGGGACCAUUAGCUCUUUACAAAGGAAAUGGAGCCCAAAUGGUACGGAUUUUUCCAUAUGCAGCUAUUCAGUUUACUUCGUUUGAGGUAUACAAAAAAUACCUAGAUGGAGUGUUUGGAGAAACGUCACAUAUAGAUAAAUUCUUAGCCGGCGCAGCAGCCGGAUUAACUUCUGUUUUUUGUACUUAUCCCUUAGAUACUAUUAGGGCUCGAUUAGCAUUUCAGGUCAGUGGUGAGCACAUCUAUACCGGGAUAGCUCACGCGGCUUCUACCAUCUUUAAAGAAGAAGGUGGCGCCAGAGCUCUCUACCGGGGAUUCACACCGACUCUUAUGGGCAUGGUGCCUUACGCCGGUCUCUCCUUUUAUAUCUUCGAGUACAUCAAGUAUGGAUUUAUGAAAUAUUUACCACACUUGGCGUGUAAUCCCUGCGAGAAGAAUACCGGAGGAUUAGUCCUGACAGUACCUGCCAAACUUUUAUCCGGAGGCUUAGCAGGAGCGGUUGCGCAAAGUGUUAGCUAUCCCUUAGAUGUAACAAGAAGACGUAUGCAGCUAGCCAUGAUGAACCCUGAAACACAUCAUUACGGCCACAGUAUGUUUACUACCCUCUACAAAAUUUACACGGAACACGGAGUGAUUAAAGGACUCUACAGGGGAAUGUCAAUCAAUUAUAUGAGAGCAAUACCGAUGGUUGCAGUUUCUUUCUCCACUUACGAACUAUGCAAACAAUUACUUAAUCUAGAUACAGGUUUAAAAGUCAGUGUAGGAUAAAGAUACAACACGUUCAGUUUUUGAUUAGAUAUAGGCGACUGAAGGAAGUGCAAAAAUCGGCAACAUUGCUUAGUCUACUGUCGUUGUUUAAUCGUCGAAUGACGGUGGACGACGGAGCGACUGAGUUAGAAUCGGCGAGAAUCAUGUGCAUUAGCAUGGGAAGAGGGGACCGUCUCGUACUUGAACUGAUCGCAGUGUUGCCAUUUAUAGGACGUAUAUCUAAUUUAAAAUUAAACAUGUUGUAGAUAUUAAUUCAAAAUAAGUCACCUUCACCUUCAUUGUAGAUUAAAUGGUUUUUGAUAACAUUAAGACCAAGAUUGAAGUCAAAUCGUUUUAGAAAACAUUAUAAUGGCACAAUUUAAUUUAGAGCAAGGCUAAAGGAAGCAUUUUUUCACAUAUCUACUUUAAAAAGUCUUUAAAUAAUAGUGUGACAUGAAACUACCUUUAAUAUUACACGAAUUUUUGCUCUCUAGUUUGAAUGUUAUGCUUAUGAAAAGAAAAACUUCUUCUUUUUCUAGUGCCGACUAUACUAAUGAAAGUUGACUAUAACCAUUGCAAAUUCGUCUUUGACUUCUGCUUUUCUUUAAAGCGUCUGUGUUUAACCCGGUCCAGUCACGAAUGUUUUUCAGUCGGGAUAUUUUUCGUCUACCAGAAUCCCUUUUUCGUCUACCGCCACAUCUCAAUAGCUUCCAGCUUUCUCACUUAUUCAACAUUAACAGUCCAAUAUUAAAAUACAUAAAGAAGAAUACUAUACACCAUAAAGAAGAAUACUAUGCACCAUAAAGAAUAAUAGAGUAGAUAUAACAUUUUACCAUUCUAUAUUGGAUUUGCAGAUGGAGUCUUUGGUUAUUCAGAAAUUUCUUCAUCUUCAAAAAGGCUGCUCUUGACUGCUUUAUUCUUGAUCGAAUCUAUUAUUUCCGAUUCAGAUCUUUCGUAAUCCGGACCCCUAAGGAUUUCAGUUUGUCCAUUUGUUCAAUAUCUUCAUUUUUUAUCUGGAUCCUUGUUAUGACUUUAUCCUUCUUACUGAUACCCAUGGUUUUUGUUUUCUUUAGGUUUAUUGUUAAACCAAACUAUUCCCCAGUAUCACAAAUUGUGUUUAAUAGCGUCUGCAGGUCUUUAUCACUUUCAGUGAUAAUGACUGUAUCGUCGGCAUAAUGAAUGCUAUUUAUAUUUUCACCAUUUAUCUUGAUCUCUUCUCUGCAGUUUUCAAGUGCUUGUGUAAAUAACUUUUCGGAGUAUAUAUUAAAUAGACAUGGUGAAAGAACACAGCCCUGUCUCACUCCUCUACUUAUCUGUUGCUCAUCCGUACUAUUUUCAUCUAAUGUUACCACGACCUGUUGGUUCCAAUAGAGAUUUCUCAGAUUUCUCACUAUGUAAAUUUCAUUUUUGUCGAGUCAAGAAAAACAAGAAUAAAAGAAAAACUUAUACAGAGUGAGUUUUAUGUAUGGAAACACUCAAUUAUCUCGAAAACGGCUUGCACGAUGUUUAUAGGUUUUGGCUGGUAGGGGUUUCCUAAUGCGGCCGAUGUUAUAGUGCUAAUUGCAUUGUUGUCAGAUCUUCCGUUUUUCUGGAAAUCUAACGAACUUUCUUAUUUCAAAUGGAAUACCCUGUAUAUUUUUUGCGUUUUAAAGUCCUUAAGAAAUACUGAUUAUUUUUUGUGUUAUAUUCCCUAUACCUAAAUGCCAUAAUAUCUGAGUUAUUUCUACAUUUAUCAAAAAAAUUUUAAACAAAUUAUAAAAAUCAAUUUCUUCGGCUCGGGUAGACAUUAUUUUAUGUUCUUUGGAUCAUUGGGAAUAUUAUUGGGAAAAAAAAAGGUCUUUUGUAAUUUUUCUCCAAAGUUAAUCGGUUUCGAGCAAUAAACAAUUUAAAACUGACAAAGAUCGAAUAAUGUUGAUUUUCAAGGUUCAAAAACACAAGUAAAAAAUAUGAUUUUUAAAAUUAUGAAGUACAUACAUACAUAAAUUCAGGUUAAACUAUUCUUCUAAUAGCUUGCUAUAAAAUUUUUUGGCUCGUUUUAUUCUAAAACAUUGCUUUUUAAUAUUGUUAAUGAAGUGCAUAUGAGAGGACGGGCGAUCGGGCCGUAUUAACAACUAAAAAACAAUGUUUUAAAAUUAAACAAGCUCAAAUUACUUAUCGGUAGCUGAUAAAAUAAGUCUAGAAUUUAAAUUUGGAUAAUUCGCAGUUUCAAAAAUAAUAUUUUUUAUUUGUGUUUUUGAACCUUGAAAAUCGUCAUUAUUCGAUUUUUUUCAGUUUUAAAUUGUUUAUAACUCGGAAACGAUUAAUUUUAGAGAAAAAUUACAAAACAUCUUUUUGUUCACAAUGAUCCAAUAAACCUAAAAUAAUUUUUACCAGGGCCGAAAAAAUUGAUUUCUAUAAUUUGUUUAAAUUUUUUUAAAAUAAAUGUAGCAAUAACUCCUAAAUUAUGGCAUUUAGGUAUAGGGAAUAUAACAUGAAAAAUAAUCAGUAUCUCUUAAGGACUUAAAAAAUAUACAGGGUGUUUCAUUUCAAAUAAGAAAGUUCAUUACAUUUCCGGAAAACGAAAAAUCUGACAACAAUGUAAUUAGCACUAUAAUAUCGGCCGCAUUAGAAAACCCUUACCCACCAAAACCUACAAAAAUUGCGCAAACCCUUUCCGAGAUAAUUGAGUGUUUCCAUACAUAAAACUCACUCUUAGUAUAGUGUAUACUAUCUGUACAAAUACAUCACUCUAUAGUAACUGAUAACCGUUUCAAUUAAACCAUAUACAAACAACUGUAGCUAGCAAUAUUUUAGUUGGCAACAAAGUUAUUUAGUCACUCUUAAUCAAUCACUUCGCUUUAGAAGAAGUAAGAAAAAAUCUGAUGAUGCUAUUUUAUAUAUGUUUAUAAAAGGACAAAUGAAUUUGUUGGAUUUAAUUGCAAAUCAUUCAGUACCACUUCUUUUACAUACCAUCUCUAUUGAGGUUUGCAACCAGUUUGGCAAAGUCUUGUCCAUUGUGGGCUUGGUGUAUGAGAGCCUUGCUUUCAGUUCUGAUCUAGUCUCUUUAUUCCUGAGCCAUGAUUUCUUCUGUCUUUCUAUAUCACGUUUUCCUUCUAUUUCUUUCUUGAUAAUUAGUUCUUAUUCUUCUUAAUACCGUUCAUAAUGUAAUGUAGUGUGUUUGUUUAGUCUUUUAUUUUUAAAUAAAAUUACACUUAAACAUAAAGCCGUCUAGAUGACAUUAUGUGAUGUUUGACUUUAUGGUCAAAAGUAAUGAGAAUUUUAAGAAGAAAUGUGUCGAAUUGUAGAUCUAUAUUUGCUGUUCCAUUUCUGUUUCGAGCUUUCCGUAGCUAGAUAGUGUGAUGCUUAGAUAUUUAAACUCUAGCUCCAAUUUACAUAUUAUUGGAUUUUCUGUUAUAACCAUGCAUUUUGCCUUUUUUUUUGGGAAAAUUAACAUAUUAAAUUGGUGCAGCAUAUACGUUGCAAUUCAUCUUCACUUUGAGAGAUUAGUAUUGCUUCGUCUGCAUAGCAGAUUAUUUUAAGUUGUUUUUCUCCCAUUUGGUAUCCUUUUUUCGUUCUCACUUUUUUUGUUAUUUCAUCUAUGAUCAGCUAGAACAAUAAAAGACUCGGCGAAUACCCCUGUCUUAUCCCAUUGCCAGCUUCAUUUGGAUCAGUUAGUUAAUCUUCUACUUUCACUUUUAUUGUGUUGUUCUGGUAGAUGUUUUGGAUCGUUUUAAUUAUUGCUAGAGGUACCUCUCUUGAGUAUAACAAAUAGAUAACGUCCUUUAAUUUGACCCUGACAAAUGCUUUCUUAAUAGUCCAAGAGGCAGCGCUGAAAAAUCUCUUUGAAUUUACUUAAGCUAGAUUUUUCACAGUUGAUUACUGUGAUUAGUCGACUACUAUGAAACUAUGAAACAUAAUGCGGUCGGUCAAGCGAAACGUAGAACAGGGGUUACUGAGAGGGUAUCAAAGUUGCUUUCCUACGAAGGUAAUUAAAUCCAUUUACUAAGGCUGAAAAUCAGUACACACAUUCCACAUUCUAAAUUAAAUAUAAAUAAUAAGUUUUCAAUUUAAAAAUCUUUUAGUAAUAUUUUAAUAUUUUUAAAUAUUAAUAAUAUUGUUAUUAGGAUUGAAAACUACUUCAUCUUUCAAUUGCCAGAUGACGUUAGUCACCUAGUCCAUUCACGUCAGUUGCGGUGUGGGGGAUAAACUCUCGGUGUUAAUGACUUAAAGUAUGGAGAAGCAGGCCUACGUUCUCUCCGAUGAGACUCCAACAAGAGUCGAAAAUCGUCGAUUCAGAGGGCUGGACUGCUCUCCGUAUUUUAAGUGAAAAAUAAGAUUGUUUUGCCUUCGCAUUGCAACUGAAUUAAAAAUGGAAUUUUUAUUUUAGUUUUAUAAAUAAAAGUUAUUAUAGUCGGUCAGCUGUAUGACGGGACAGAGCCGGUCGGUCGGCCCCAGUGAAUGUACAGGGUUAUUCACUAUAUUUUGACCCCUUGUAAACUUCUUUAUUUACAGAAUUAGAAAAAAAAAGUAAAAUACAAAAGUUAUUCGAUUUUAAAUUAUGAUUUUUUGACAUAUAUGUCGUACUAGUGACGUCAUCUAUUUGUGCGCAAUGACGUAAUCGACUAUUUUUUUCAAAUACGAAUAGAGGUCGAUUGCUAGCUCAUUUGAAAGGUUAUUCAAUUCCCUAUUCAGUAAUAUUCAGGGUGACCAAAAUUUUUUUUAAAUUAAAUUAAUUGUUUAAUUAAUGAUUCAAAAAAAUUUUUUGGACACCCUGUAUAAAUAAUGAUCUUAAUGUUUAUAGUACUGUAUAGAGCAGCGGUUCUCAAUCUUUUUGUAUCAUGUACCACCAAAUACCUUUUAUUAUUUUUGGUACCACCUAACUGAAAUACAUAUCUAACUAAGUGAUCUAACAAACUAUAACAGUGGUGCUGAUUUUGGCUAUUUUUGCGUUUUGUGUACCACCUCAAAAAAUGAAAUGUACCACCAGUGGUACAUGUACCACAGAUUGAGAACUGCUGGUAUAGAGAAUUGAAUAACCUUUCAAAUGAGCUAGCACACGACCCCUAUUCUCAUUUUUAAAAAAAUAGUGGAUUACGUCAUCACGCCCAGAUGGAUGACGUCACUAGUACGAUAUAUAUGUCAAAAAAUCAUAAUAGAAAAAAAUCGAAUAUUUUUACAUUUUUUUCUAAUUCUGCAAAUAAAGCAGUUUACAAGGGGGUCAAAAUAUAGUGAAUAACCCUGUACAUUCAUUGGGGCCGACCGACCGGCUCUGUCCCGUCAUACAGCUGACCGACUAUAAUAACUGUUAUUUAUAUUUAAUUUAGAAGGUGUGUACUGAUUUUCAGCCUUAGUAAAUGGAUUUAAUUACCUUCGUAGGAAAGCAACUUUGAUACCCUCUCAGUUACCCCUGUUCUACGUUUCGCUUAACCGACCGCAGUAUGUUUCUCUGCACACUCACAGUAAUCGACUGUGAAAAAUCUAGCUUUAGUAAAUUCAAAUAGAUUUUUCAGCGCUGCCUCUCCGUCUAUAAGGUCCACGAAAUAUAAAUAUGCCGAUUUGUUGUAUUCUAACGUUAUUCUAACGAUUUCUCUUGAACUUGCCUCAUUAUAAAUAUAACGUCGAUGCAUGAUUUUCCCGAUCUAAAGCCUUGCUCUUCUUCUGCUGUUAUCAUUUCGUUUAGUUUGUUUGUUAUCUCUUUGGUUGUUAAUUUUAAUGUUGUAUUUAAUAGUUAAUUCCUCUAUAAUUCUACGGGUUCGAUUUGUCUCCUUUUUCGAAGAGAAGUAUUAGGAUGUUUGAUCUCUAUUUUUGUGGUAUUCUGUUUUGUUCUAUUAUUUUUUAUAAUACAAAAAGACACGUGCAAUAUAAAACAGCUUUUUAAGAUAACUUACGAAGAGAGACAACUAGAUACCCAUUUUGUAUGUAGGUACUUAAGAAACAUUAAUUAUAAAUUGGGACCAGUUUAUUUAAUGAAAACGAAUUUGUGCUAAAACGGCACGGUGAUCUUUUCGUUUUACCGAAUCAGUACGACGCAAAAGUAUCACCUCCAAAGUCUCACAAAAUUUUAUUCAUUGAAUUUUAAUACCGAUCAAAUGAAUCAAAAUAUUAUCAUGAGAUCAAUAUCUCAUCUGUUUAGUUUGGUUAUGCACCAUUGUAGCAUCUUGAUCCAGGGUUUUCCAUCCUUUUCUAGUUUUUCAUUACUCUCCUUAAAUAUCUACUACGUAGGUGUAGAGGCAUGUUUAGUAGAAUUGACAAAUGAUCCAAUUAAACACGACGUGGUCCAAAUCUGAAGGACGAUUGUUAUAUAGAUUAGUAUAUUUUUGAACGUUUUUAAUCUGUUUAGUUAUACUUUUUAUUGUUUUAUAUUUUUUAUUUAUUUUUGUAGUUAUAUUUUUCUUGCUUGUGAAGCAUCUUGACAAGGAUAGACAAUUAUAUAAGAGAGAUAAAAAAUGACUGUAUUGAGAGUACCUAUUUUUGUACUGUUACCAUUUUUUAUUGUUGUUUAUCUUGUAAUUAAUAAAUUUUUUGUCAAUUA